CAGUUUGAACUUUCGGUGUCAUUGUUCAACCUAGUGUGUGCGACAGAUCUGUCAGAGGCUCGACAUUGCAGAAUAAAACGCAAUCAAAACUAAAACUAAAACUAAAAAAAAUGAGUAACAGUCUUCUUGUUCAUGUGGAGAAGUGGAUCGCAGAGAACCAGAAUGCUUUUCUGCCACCCGUGUGCAACAAGCUGAUGCACUUUUCCCAGCUGAAUAUCAUGUUUGUUGGUGGUCCAAAUACAAGGAAGGAUUAUCAUAUAGAGGAAGGGGAGGAGUUGUUCUACCAGCUGAAGGGAGACAUGUGCCUGAAGGUGAUUGAGAACGGCAAACACAAGGAUGUGCACAUUAGGGAGGGAGAGAUGUUCCUGCUUCCUGCUCGAAUCCCACACUCCCCCCAGAGAGACGCCAACACUGUGGGACUGGUGAUCGAGAGGAGACGACUGCUGACUGAGACCGACUGCCUGAGGUACUAUGUGGACAACACCACUGAUACCCUGUUUGAGAAAUGGUUCUACUGUCACGAUCUGGGAACACAACUGGUGCCAGUGAUAAAAGAGUUCAUGGCAUCAAAGCAGAAUAAAACAGGAAAGCCUGAUCCAAAUGAAGUCUUCCGAGAGACUCCCUUCCAGCUGAAUACUAUGAACGUGAUGGCGCCUUUCUCCUUCAAAGGCUGGCUGGACAAACAGAGGCCAACGCUGGCCAGUGGCAGAAGCGUCGACAUGUUCGGAGCUCAGUUUGAAACGGAGGCGAUGGUGUUUGGUUCUGGACUGACAGAGACAGCGGUGCGUCAAAGCGAUGUCUGGAUUUGGCAACUGGAGGGAUUAUCAAAAGUCACUGUGAACGAGAAGGAGUUCACAUUGUCUGCAGGGGACAGUUUACUCAUUCCUGAACACAGCAAGUACCGAUGGCAGAGAGAAGAGGGGGCCAUUGCCCUGUUUGUGGUUCAGAACCCUGAGCGGAAGAGAUCCUGAACGUGACCUGUUAUUCAAACAUAGUUCUGUACCCACACUACACCUUGAUCUGUCAGUGUUCAGUCUUAUCACAUACAGUAUAUAUCUGGAAAUCAUAUAUGUUAGAAGCUUCUGUUAUGUGUAAAAAAUUAACUCAGGCCCAUUUCAGUAUUAACGUGCUCAAGAAUCUGUGGAUAAUUGUAAAGUGCACUUUGAUAUAGUAAGAUAAAGGAAUUACAUCAAA